AUGAGACGAGUAUCAUAUAUAUCAAUUAAAAGAAUAACAAUGACAUUGGAUCGAACCUAUACAACCAAAAAGGAGGCACCUAAGUUUAAAAGAGCCAAAAAGAACGAUGUUCAACAGAUUGAAUCGGCUGCAAUGGAUAAAUUGACCAACGUAAAACUGUCACAUGAACAACAAAAACUGAAAGACAAGAUUAUAGGAUUUACUCGUAAACAAUUGAUUAGGUAUAACGCUAAGAAAACAACUGAACAUUCUCCAGGAUUCUUUGCAAUUCAUGGUGAUGCCGGUACUGGGAAAUCUGUCGUUUUGAAUUCUUUAUUUAAUGACUUUGAAAGAUUAUCCACUGAGAAUGAAGAUCACAACGAUGUUUUCGUUGGUACAAAGAAUUAUUUGGUUGUCAAUCAUCCUGAAAUGUUAAAGCUUUACAUUAGAAUUUGUAAACAAUUCAAAUAUAUUAAGAGAAGUUCAUUAGAGAGACCGACAUCUCUAAUAAACAAAUUAUUAAAGGAUAAUACAUUGGUAGACAUAAUUGUUGUGGAUGAAGCACAUCUGUUGGCGACAUCAAAGGACCCCUUUAAGAAAUUCUAUGGGGAUAAUCAUAUGGUAGAACUUUUAGCAUUGACAAAAGUUCUAAUUGUGGUAUAUGACCCAAAACAAUCUCUGAGAAUGGGAUGUUACUGGGAUGGAAAAUUAAAAAAUGGUUCGGAUAUAAGUGUUAUUGAGAAUAUAGUCCCAGAAGCUAGGAGGUAUCACGAAAGAUUAGAAAAACAGUUUAGAGUUGCUGCACCUCCAGAUGUUUUGAAUUGGAUAAAGACAAUCAGUGAAGACGCCAAGAUUCCAGACUUUCCAAAAAGUAUGAAAGAGGACUAUGUUGAGACAAAUGACAAAAACAACAAUAAAGAUUCUGUUAAAUAUGAUUUUAAAAUUUGGAAUGAUUGUGGUGAAAUGUAUGAAGCCUUAAAAUUAAAAAAUGAAGAAUUCGGUCAAUGUAGAGUAUUAUGUACAUAUGAUUUCCCAUAUAGGUUAGAUGGUAAGGAUUAUUUUGUUGAAUGUGGGAAAAAUUUUAGGGUAAGAUGGGAUCGUUAUCAGCCACGAGCUGCAUUGCCAUGGAGUGAACGAGCUGAUUCCAUUGAUGAAGUAGGAAGUGUCUACACCAUCCAAGGUUUUGAUUUAAAUUAUGCAGCUGUGAUAUUGGGAAGAUCAAUCGGAUAUGAUUCAGUUAAUGAUUGUCUCAAAAUAAAACCAGAAUUAUAUGAUGAUCGUGCUGGAUUUACAAAAAAAAAGAAUAUUUUAAAUCCAGAUACUGUAAAAGUACAAAUUAUUCUAAAUAGUUUGAACGUUUUACUAACAAGAGGGGUCAAAGGUUUAUAUAUUUAUGCCUAUGAUCCUAUAUUGAGAAAACGGUUAAACAAGUCCAUGCUCGAGGACGAAAGUAUUUCAUUUGAUGAGACUUCGUAA